AUAUUGUGAGCGUUCAGAGAUAUGCUCGUGCCUACAUCAUGCAGUUGAUUGGGGGCUUUCUUUUCGCUGAUAAGUCAAACAACUUGGUCCACUGUAUGUUUCUUCAAUUCUUAUUUGAUUUUGACCAGGCCGGUACGUAUGCGUGGGGCGCUGCGACUCUCGCAUGGUUAUAUAGGGAACUCUGUCGAGCGAGUAAUGCACAGUCCUUAGAGAUCGCUGGCCCAUUGAUGUUAAGUAUGGGCAUACGACAGAUUCUCCAUUAUAGCUCCACAGAGAACGUUGCAGCAUUCAGAUGGUCGACCUUUGAGUUUCAGAUGGAGCGGUGUUCAAGCUGCAUCUGAACAGUCAGGGAACAUGUUGCUCAUAUAUCGAUGGACAUUUGAUCGGCUGAGUCGGUCUCAGGUUAAAUAUUAACCAAAUGUUCUAUAAUUUUAUUUUUUGUUGACUACUGACGUUUGUUUUUUGAAUAGAUUAAUUGGACACCAUACACGCCCGACAUUAUGGCAUCGCUUCCUGUUAGAUGUCAGAGUGGUCAAGCGGUUUGGACUUACGUGGGUCCAUUGAUUUGUUUCCAUCUGGUCGAGAAACAUCAACCAGAUCGCGUAUUGCGACAGUUUAAUAUGUUGCAAACGCCACCAGCGAUUAGCUACACAGAUCAGAGGUUGCAUCAAAUAGAUUUAAGGGGUAAACAUGAUCAAGAUUGGCGUCGGAUUCAUGCGGAACAUAUCGGAGUGUGGAAUUCGCGAUAUGAUUUUCGGGUUGAAGCACCUACUACAAGCGAACCGACGGUAUCAGAGAACUAUUUUGUUUGGUAUAGGUCGAUUACCAGACGCUUUAUCACCCAAGAGGGAGCUUUCUAUCAUUGCAUGUAUGAUUUUGUUGACGAAGUACAAACUUUCUCCGUGGAACACGAUAUAGAAGCUUUAGGGCAAAUAUGUGAUAGAACCACAGAGCGCGUAGAUCACAUUAUUCAACAGACUCGACGACUUACUGUUGCUGACACAGAUCGUAGACGCAUGCGACGUAGACGACGACGGCAAGGCGAUGAUGUCGUAGAGGGUGAUGAGGAUAAUUAA